CAACUUAUAAACUGCUUUUGUCGAUUGCUGAAAUAUUUACCACUCAACAAGCAUGGUCCUUUUUUGGUCUUUCGAUUACCUGGCUGGAUGAAACUCCCGACCUCGAGCAGUGCACAUGAAUGGACAGUGCUGAAAGUUUAUAGCUCGCUAUAAACACUAGUGCAAAACUAAUACAACUGGCAGGAAACUUGGAAAUACCUUGCGGGUCAACUGCUUAUUCAGUCGCAAAGUCAGCAGAACAAAGAAAGUGAAAGGACGCGAUAUAGGACGACAUAUCUGGGCUAGGCCCUUGUUGCUUUACUUGGGAUUCCUUGUCAUCUUAACUGAAAUCAACUUCGAAAAAAUUUCAAAAGUGCCCUUUUGGUCUCCAGCUGUUGCGAAGAAUGGUCCGCUGGUUAGAUGAAAGCAUCUGUAUCUAUUCAUCGGGCAUGAAUACUCAUGUUCGAGGAAUGAGAAACUUAAGGUCCUUGAUGUCAACAACGCCCCAACGGGAACUUACACUGUCCCGCAUUCACGGGCUCAAGUUCUAGCGGCACAAUCCACCUUUUUCGCUUCGAUGAUUAAACAAUGGUUGAGCACCAAUAAUGGCAAGUCCCCCAACGCAAAUGUCCUCCCAACCAUUCAAGUACAACUACCAGUGCCCGAACAAUUCGAUACUCUCUUGCACUGGUUGUACCAUCACGACGCAACCGUUUUAAAUAAAUCCCUCGAGGAAGAUAGCCCGAAUGCCUUUUUUGGGUUGGUUCGCAAUGCGGUUCAGUUGGCCAUUUUACCUGCUGCGGGACUGUGGGAUGCAUUAGCUUCCCACGUUGCCCAACAAUGGCCGCGAGUCUAUCGUAACCAUCCCAAAUGGACUUUCACUAUCAUCCCCGUAUCGCUUGUGGCAAGGGCCGCCAUCGCUAUUGGAGGAGGCGCCCCGGGUGGGGAUUUGGUGGGUCUCUGGGCUAAUGGAAAUGUGGAUGUGGCUAAACGAGGGGUCGAGGAAGUUAGACGGCUUUUACAUGCCUACCGCGAGCCAACUGAUACUGAUGCCACAAUAGUAGCUGAGGAAUCGGCUAGUGCUCACUCUGAGCCUCUCCCCCAACAGCAGGAAAAGAUUAAGAAGGAAAAGAAGAGCUUGCUGAAAAAGUUUACAGCUUUGCUCGUUAAGGAAGAGGACGUACAUAUCGCUACCGUGGUAGUAGUUAGGGAUAAAAAUGGGGAGGUGGUUGACGAAAAGGUAAUUAUGCAUGAGAAAUAG